CAAGACGCGUCUCACAGCAUGCGCCCAGAACAGUGGGCGGCCCUGGCGCCGACGGUUCACGAGGGCCGUAGGCAUUGCGCCCAACGACCAGAGCGGUGUAAAUAUUCCAUCAAGAACCGGCUGGAGCGCCUGGGCUUUUUGGAAUUAUUGGAGGAACCGGACGCCGGGCCCGCACAGCUGGCACUCCUGCCGCCGGAGGAGGAGGAGGAGGUGGCUCCUGAGGAGCAGCCACCAGCAGACACUGGCACUGGCGGUGGCGGUGGCGGUGGCGGUGGGCCCGGCUGGGGACCCGUGGCUGGUAGCCUGCACUGGCGGUGGUACCCACUGCCCCAGCCCCAGCCCCAGCCCCAGCCCCAGCCCGAGCCUGAGCCCGGGCCCGCAGCUGAGGCCGCGGCGACUGCGGCCGCACUGGCGGCGGCGGCUGCAAGCGUAUCCGUGGCGGCACGCGCGGCGCUUGCUGCGCUAUUGGCUUCCGAGGCCGAGGCGGCUGCCGAAGCCGAGGCCGAGGCCGCUGAGGCGUGCGCUGAGGCGGCGCGUCGGGCGGUUUACCACGGCGCGACUGCCACUGGUCAGGCGCCGCCGUGGCAUGGCUAUGGGGAUGAGGGGAAGGCGGACGCUGGGGCCUGGGCGGCGGCGGCGGCCAACUGUGGUGGCGGCGCCAGCAUUUGGCCGACGUGUCAUCAGCUGGCGUGGCCGCCGCCGGCAGCUGACCCGCACCCGCACCCACAUGGCAUAGGGCACAUGAGCGCGCAGCAGCACCCGAGACCCCAGGCUGCGGCCGCCGACUACAGCGGCCACCACCACUACCAAUUAGCGUACGACCAUCCGUACAACCUCGUGCACCCGUACCACCACCGCCCGUACCACCAGUACGAACCCCACCACCACCACCACCAUCACCAUGCCCGUCACGACCACCACCAUGCCCGUUAUGGCCGCCGCCACCGCGACUCGGCAGCAACAGUUGCGGACUCCUCACCCCGCACGGCGCGAGGCCGCAGCCGCGGCGGCGCGUCGGCGGCGGUGGCGGCGGCGGCGGCGGCGGAGCUUGAGCUGGAACCCGUUGGGCCGCUGCCGAGGGCCCCUCCUGCAGGGGCCGCUGGGGGUUGGCCAGGGUCAGCAAGGGGGUGGCCAGGGGGAGCAGGGGCCACAGGGGCAGGUCCAGUAGGCCCAGCGCCAGCAGGGGCGGCGGGCGGGUCCAGGGCCGGGCUACUCGGCGGCUGGGGCCCCCACAGCCCACUGCUGCCACCGCACCUGCGGCCCGGGCGCAGCGGCGGUGGCGGCGGCAUCAGCGGCAGCGGCGGCGGUGGUGGUGGCGGUGGCGGCACAGACAGGGCCCACCAGCGGGGCCUACAGCGCAGCGGCAGUAGCAGCGACUACCGCGGCGACCACCCAGACACCUGCAGCGGCUGUAGCAAGUACAGCGGCUGCUGUGACAGCAGCGGCGGCGGCCGCGGCGAAGACCUGCAGCUGCUGCUGCCGCCGCACCUCCGCGGCAUCGAGCGCGGCGGCGGGUGCAGUGGCGGUGGUGGUGGUGGUGGAGGGGGCGGUGGGUGCCGCCCGGGCUGCAGCGACGUGCCGCUGCUGCUGCGGGGCCCCGGCCCGCCCCGGGAGCGAGAGCCGAAGCUGCACCCCAAGGAACUGCCACCUGAGGCGCCCCCGGAGCCGGCCUCAGAGCUGCCGCCAGAGCUGCCCCCAGAGCCGCCGCCGCACUUGCGGCAGCAAAUGCGCUCCGGCGCCGCCACAAGAGCAGCAGCUCAACCGCAGGCCGUGAUAGCUACGGACUGUAACGGCAGCGGGCGCAGCAGCACCAGGAGCCCCAGAGGCACCGGGCAGCAGCAGCAGCGGGUUGCGGCCAGCAGCGUUGCGACGCGUGGCGCCGCAGCGGCCGCCGCGACCGGCCUGACGCUAGCACCGCCGCCCGUACAGGCGCCGGCAAGGGGCAUGGCACCGGGCCUGGCGGCGCCGUUGCCACUGCUGCUGGCGGCGGCCCCUUGUACGCCACCAGGCGGCGCCGCGCGCAGCAGCCCCACCCCGAGCCCCGCCGCCGCCGCCGCGGCUGCCGCCAGCAGCCGUCUGGCCGGCGGCGUCAUGGGCGGCGGCACUGGCUGCGGCUGCGACGCCAGCGGCGGCGUGCCGUCGUCGCCAGUGUGCACGUCCCCGGCAGCCCCGGUCCGGUCAGGCGCUUGCGCCGGCGUGACAGCAGUGGCGGCGGCAGCGGCUGCGAUGAGUGUGGACGUAGCGACUGAGCAGCAGCCUGCAGCGGCAGCGGCCACACCAGCAGCACCAGCAGGCACGCCGCCUCAGCGGCUGCGGUCCGCCUGUGAUGGCGCACCGUCACCGCCUCGGCUGCCGGCUGCCUCUGCUGGUGGACUAGGCUGCUGCUGUUGCUGCCCCGCAGCAGUAGGCCUGGAGGUUGGGUCAGACAUCACAGCGGCGGUUGAGGCUGGUCCUGAGGUGGCGGUUGAGGCGGUUGAGGCGCUGGCGGCGGAGGUGCCACUGGAGAUACCAGAGGCGCCGCCGGCGGAGACGACCCCCUCGGUACCGGAGGCCAGCCGGGGUGGCGGCGGCGGCGGCGGCGGCGUGGCAGUUUCGUCGCCGGUGUCGUCGCCAAUGGUGGUGGUGGCGGUGGAGGUGCCAGCAGAGACGCGGCCGGGCUGCUGGGGACACACGCGGCAGCCCGCAGCUGCUGGCAGCCUGGCAGCGGGAGUGGUAACAACAGCGGUCCCAGGUGCAGUUGCCGCUGACAGCGGAGCGGCGCCACCGGCCAUUGACAGCGCGGCCGCCGACAGCGCGGCGGCGCCACCGGCCGCAGUACCGAGAACGGACCCAGCCAUACCGGCAGCGCCUGCCACGGCCGCGGCAGGGCGGCAGAGCACCGCCGGCAGCAGUGCGGACGCAUUCCCGCAGCAGUGGCGGCGGCGGCGGAGCUUUAGUGCCGAGGUGGAGUUGGAGUUGGAAUGGGCAAUGGAGGUGGAUGAGUGGGAGUGGGAGGUGGAGGCGCCCGCGGCAUGCGUGCAACUGCAAGACAACGGCGCGCCGCCCGCGCUGGGCCCAGAGCGGCAGCCGCCGCCGGCACUGCCUCAGCCGCCGUUGCCGCCUCAGCAGCCGCAGGAGCCUCAGCCUCAGCAGCAGCAGCAGCAGCAGCAGCCGCAGCAGCAGCAACCGCUGCCGUCGCCGGCGGAGCGGCCGCCGCUGCUGUGCGGAUCUCGGGAAGCGGAGCGGCGGCCGCUGCGCCGGAGCGCGCCGCGCAUCGUGUUGAGCUGCAGCAGCAGCGCCCCUGCGCCCCCUGCCGCUACCAGUGCUUGCUCGGCUGCUGCUGCGGCUGCUGCUGCGGCUGCUGCCGCAGCUGCGGCAGACGGAGGCGAGGCUGUGACAGAGGCCGUUGUGAAGGCGGUUGUGAAGGCGGUUGCGGCAGACAUGGCAGCGGUGACGACGGCGACAGCACCGCGGGCCGCUGCUGCUGCAGUGCCGCUGCCACUGGCGGCGCCGCCUCCGCCUCCGCCGCCGCUGGUGCGGCGGUACCCGGAGAGCAUGGAAGUGCGGAUGUGGAGCCUUGAUGCCGAGGGCACCCAGUUCGAAUGGGCCUACGUCAGCACAGGCACCCACACACCGCCCUACGUCAGCACAGGCACCCACACACCGCCCUACGUCAGCACAGGCACCCACACACCGCCCUACGUCAGCACAGGCACCCACACACCGCCCUACGUCAGCACAGGCACCCACACACCGCCCUACGUCAGCACAGGCACCCACACACCGCCGCUGUCGCCGUCCUUAGAACCGCCGGAGCCGCCGGGGCAACCGCAGCCGCAGUCGCCGCAGCAGACGCAGGCGCAGCCUGAGGCUGGCCCCAGGCAGGCCGCUAGGAGCAGCAGCAGCAGCAGUGGCUGUGGCCAUGGCCGCUGUGGAGGCGGUGGGUGCGCGGCUCAUGGUGGCGCCGACCGUGGCAGCGGUCGCGGCAGCGGCUGGGGAGCCCAGCAGGCGCAGCAGGCCCGGCAGCCGCACCCACGCCCGGGCUGGGGCCAGCCGCCGCCGUGGCCACCGCGGCGUCACCGCUACCUGGUCACAGACCCGGCCUUGCGCGCGCGCCUGCUGCGCGUCACCGGCGUCGCAGAUGCCUACCUGGCCGGAGCCGCCGCCGCAGAGGGAGGCGCAGCCACAGCGGGAGCCGCGGCCACAGCGGGAGCCGCAGGCGGAGCCGCAGGGCCUGGCUGUGAGGGUCCCGCCGCGGACCCUGUGGGUGAUCCUGCGGACACCGGUCCCAGUGCCGCAGCUCAACUGCGGCAACAGCAACAGCGGCGGCGGCGGGCGGCGGCGGCUCUGGCGGCGCUGGAGGUGCUGUACGUGCCGCUGGCGGAGCUGGCGGCGGCGCGGGACCGCAUGGGGAGCGCCCUGGCGCAGGCGGCCAAGAAGGGGAGCGCCCUGGCGCAAGCGGCCAAGAAGGGGGGCGGGACGGCGGAGGCCAAGAAGGGGGGCCGGACGGGGGCCGCAGCCGCCGCGGACCCACACCACGACACCGACCUUGACCUGGAGCCUCCGGAUGUGGAGCCCCCGGAUGUGGACUACACCGGUCGGGACUUUGUGGUCAUCGCCGGCCGCGGCCCCGGCGCGGCGGCGGGCGUGCCAGAGGCGGUGGCGGUGGUGGCCUGGUGCCGCCAGAUGUGCGGCGGCGGUGGCGGCGGCAACGGCGGCGGCGGCGGCGGGAGUGCUGAGGGCGGCAGCGGCGGCGGCGGGAGUGCUGAGGGCGGCGGCGGCGGCGGCGGCGGCCGGAGUGCUGAGGGCGGGAGGGACGGGGUGGGUGCUGAGGCGGAGGAGCGGGCGGAGGCGGAGGCGGAGGAGGAGCAGCGGCAGGCGGCGGCGGCCAUAGCGGGCGGCUACUUGUCUGCCUGGCGGGCCGGGCUGUUCAGGGUGCAGGCGCGCGGCCGCAGGCGCACGGCGGCGGGCGCGCCGGGUCUGGGCGCGGCGGGGUGGACCUACAACGACUUCAACCGCACCCGCACCGGCUGGUAUGCGCACCUGUGCUCGCCCUACGCGCGCAAGCACGCCACCAAAGCCAACCAGGCCAAAGCGGACGCCGCACGACAGCGAGCCGCCGCCGCCAAAGCCGCCGCCACAGCCGCCAAACGCACCGCCGCCACCGCCCAGCGCACCGCCGCCGCCGCCGAGGCCGCGUGCUCCGCCGCCGCCACCCCCUGCGCGCGGGCGGCGGCGGAGCGCGCGCGCGCCAGCGCGCGCGCCGCCUCUGACACGGCGGCCGCCGCCGCCGCCGCCGCGCAGCGGCGGUCCGCCGCGGCGGCGGCCGCCGCCCCCGGCGGCGUCGCCAAAGCGGUCGCCUCUCGGCGCCGCCAGUUGGGCUGCCUGGUCCGCGGCGUGGCGGCGCUGCUGUGCCGCCACUUCCCGCCCGCCUUCGCGCUGCUGCUGGCCUACCACCGCGGCCGCUGCAGCUACCUGGGCCGCGGCGCCGGGCCCUUCACCACCAUCACCGCGGGGCUCAACUACUACAACACACUGCACCUGGACCCGCGCGACCCGCCGCUCUCCUUCAUCACCUGGUGGGGCGCGGUGGUGGAGCGGCGGCUGCUGGCGGCGGCGCCGGGGAGCAGGGGGCAGGCGAAGGAGGAGGAGAAGGCGGCGGGGCCGGAGGCGGAGCAGGAGAAGGAGCAGGCGGAGAAGGGGACGGAGGGCCGGCGGGGCGGCGGCAAGAAGGGCGUAACCCGCGCCGCGGCCGCCGCCAGGGCCGCCGCCGCCGCCAGCUCGGUGGCUGCUGGCAACAUGUGCGCCGCCAGCCGUGGCACCAGCCGUGGCACCAACCGCGGCACCAACCGCGGCAGCACCAGCACCAGCCGCCCUGUCGCGCCCCCACCCCUCUCUUCCUCGCCUCCGCCACUGGCGCUGCUGGGCAGCUCAACACCCGCCUCCCCUGCACCCCCUCCGCCUCCCCCGCACCCGCUGGCCCUGCGCGGCGGCGGCUUCCGCCUCGCCAACGCCUACCUGCAGUUCACGCCGCUGCCCGGCACCGCCCUGGCGCUCAACACGCGGCUGCUGCUGCACGGCACCUGCGCCUGCAGGCUGGAGGAGCAGGAGGAGCAGGAGGAGGUGGUGAUCGGGCGGCAGGGGGUGGAGGUGGUGGGGCGGCAGGGGGUGGAGGUGGUGGGGCGGCAGGACCGGGCGGCUGCUGGUGGCUCAGCCUGGCUGCAGCAGCAGGCGCAGCCGCAAGUGCAGCCGCAGGCGCAGCCGCAAGUGCGGGAGCAGCCACAGGCGCAGCCACAGGCGCAGCCACAGGCGCAGCCACAGGUGCAGCAGCGGCGGCAGCCACAGGUGCAGCCACAGGUGCGGGAGCAGCAGCAGCGGCAGGGGUCGCGGCUGGCUGUGGCGCGCAUCGGCAGCGCGCUGUGGCACCGGGAGGUGGUGGUGGCGGCGCACCACGUGGCCCACCAGCAGCACCAGCACCAGCACCAGCAGCACCAGCAGCACCAGCAGCACCAGCACCAGCACCAGCACCAGCACCAGCACCAGCACCAGCACCAGCACCAGCACCAGCAGCAGUUGGGCGGCGUGGCGGCGGGAGCCUGGCUAAGCAUGUGCCGGCGGGACGCCGCGGCGGCGGCGGCGCUGGAGGCACAGCAGCAGGGGCAGCAGCGGAACGGGCGACGGCGGAAGGGCCGGUGGCAGCAGCGGGUGGAGGAGGAGGAGGCAGAGGCGGAGGAGCAGGUAGCGGCGCAGGGGCGGCGGCCGGCGGCAGGGCGCAGGUCUAAGCGCAAGGCGCCGCAAGCGCGACCGGAGGAGGAGGAGGACAACGAGGAGCAGGGGGAACGGGAGCAGAGCGCGGCAGCAUCACCGGUGCCGGCGGCACGGGCGGCGGCAUGGGAGGAAGCCCACAACCGCGUCUUCAGCGGCGGCGGGGUGUUGACCCGUGCGCGGCAGCUGCUGCUGCAGCAGCUGUUGCAGCCACAGCCACCGAAACCGCAGCCGCAGCAGCCACAGGAGGGCGGGCCUGGCGGGCAGGCGUCGGCGGCGCCAGCACUGGCACCACCGGCAGCUGCCGAGGCGGCGCCGCCGCCGCCUCUGCCCCCGCCUCUGCCGCCGCCGCCGCCGGGUGGUGAGUGCGCUGCGGUGCUGCGGGAGCUGUUUGACGAGGCGGCGGCGCGGCCGUACGGCGACACGGGCGUGUGGGGGUGGUGCGAGCUGCCGCUGGCGGGUGGUGUUGAGGGUGAGGAGGGUUAGGAUGGAGGAAGAGGGGGUGAGGUGGUGGUGGUGGCGUGGAUGGGGUGGGGUGGGCUGUACGGAUGGUUCAAACACGUGUGUUUCGUGUGCUGUAUGUAUGUGUGUGUGGCGCUCCAUGCUGCCAGCAAGGGUGACCCCAGGUGGAGGUCGGUGAAGUUUGUGGCUUCACUUGGUGUGCGUGGCUGCUUUUCAUUCUUGGCUGCAUGCGUGUCUUCGGUGUGAUACGAACUGCGGGGGCGGAGGGCACGGCGCAGCACAGCGCGUUAGUCCUGGCCCCGCAGUUUGCGAAUGCGCGUGAACCGGCGCCGUGGUCUGGUAGGUCAGGCUGUGACGAUGUGCUAGCUGUGACGGUAUGGGCAUGGGUACAUGCAGACAUAAGGUCAUACAUGCAGAACGCACGGGGACACGCAUGGAUAGUAAGGUAUGGUUGUGGGUGUGGACGUGUUUUGGGGCGAGGCGGCCAGGCAGGCAUAGAUGACAGGACGCCCCGCUGGCCGCCGCAGCUCCAGCCCAUCCGUGCGUGCCUGCUGCACACGAAGUGGUGGCUGAUGAGCAAAGCGCAGGGGAUGGGGUGGAGUAGAAGGGGGGGGCGGGCAGUAGAUGGGCGGGGACAGGAAGGAGAGAUAGAAUGCGCUGAGAUGACCUGGAUGGCGUUUGCAUGGGUCGGCAGAACCGGCUGCUGGUCAAGGAGCCGUGUCUACUCGCUGGCCGGCACUGCUGGCGCCGGUGCAUGCCCAACGAGACCGCGGGCCGCUGCGGGCCAACGGCCGUUGAAGAAGGAGCGGGCGCUGAAGCCGUAGGGGGCACGAUCAGCAAGGCAGCUGGGGGAGCCGGGGAGAGUACGGUCGUAGGGGCGGGGCGCGGUGCGGAGGAGAGUGAUGCAGAGGGGGGCACAGUGCGCGUACCGUAUAUGUGCGUGGUCGGGUUCUGGCUGCUAGCUGUGCCACACACGUAAGUGCAUAGUCCGCAGGUGCAUUGCAUGCAAGCGUGCGCGUGAGUGACAUGUCCAUAUGUGAGAGAGCGGGGUGCACGUACGCAGUG